UAAUAGUUGUUCAGUUUUUUUUUUGGAUUUAGUGAUAACUAAAUAACUACCUUGUUUAUGAAAGUAUAAUAUUAAUGGUGUCCUGUGGAUUAAGGUUCAUUUGACGUUGGUGUCGUGGUACACUGGAUAUGAUCGGAGUUUAUAGACCAGUGUGAUAAUAUAAAGAUAAAUUCUGAUGUGAGAUGAGGCGCUGUUGAGGAAUAGUUUUCAUGUAAGACCAAGCUGUGUACGUUAAAUGUAAGAUGAAGGUGGAAGGAAAAGUUGCAUUGGUAACUGGUGGGGCAUCGGGCAUGGGAAAAGGUUUUACAGAGGUCCUGAUUGCUAAUGGUGCAAAGGUUUGUGUCGCGGAUUUCAACAGUCAAUGCGGAGAAGAAGCAGUAGCUGAAUUAAACAAAAAACAUGGCGCAGGGAAAGCUAUUUUCUGUAAAUGUGACGUCACAUCUAAAACAGAUUUUGAAGAGGCGUUUAAGCGGACGAAAGAAGAAUUUGGCGGGAUAGAUAUUGUCGUAAAUAACGCGGGUAUUGGUGGAGAAUCAGACGACAAAUGGGAAAGCGUCAUUGACGUUAACAUGAAAGGGACCAUAAGAGGGACCAGACUUGGCAUGUACUACCUCAAUAAAGAUAAUGGCGGUAAUGGAGGGAUCAUUGUAAAUAUGGCGAGCGCAGCGGGAAUCAAUCCAAAUCCAUUCUCACCAACAUACGGGUGUUCAAAGGCUGGAAUUGUCCAUGCAACAAGAUGUUAUGCGAUUUCAGAGGCAGCAGUUAAAUCAGGUAUCAGGCUAAUGGUGUUAUGUCCAGCAUUUGUAGACACGCCCAUGUUUCAAAAUCUAUCAUCCGGGGACAGUGACCAGUUUAUAGGAGCAGAUAUGGUCAAAGUAAAAGCAUUCAUAGAUCAUAUAGGAGUUAUGACCGUAGAAGAAAUAUCAGCAGCAUUUCUGGAAAUGGUUGAAGAUGACUCUAAAACUGGACUUAUUCUACGUUGUGCUAAAAAGACUGGGAAUCAGUACUGUACACUAGCCGUUGAGAAUGUGUAGCCGAGAUCCAUGAUCUAGGACUAUUGACAUGCAGGAUAAACACGUAUUGUGGCAGAGCUAGUGUUCGGAUGUUAACAUAUCCAACUGAAGUUCGUGAAAAUAUUUUGUUCGCAAUAUUAUGUCAUGACGUAAAUAAUCAGUAUUUAACAUUUUACUGCCUAUACUUGAAAUACCUCUAAUGUGCCGAAUUAUAUAGCUUCAUAAAUAUAAUACUAAUAGCACAUAGUAUUUGAUAGCUUUAUAUGAUAAUAUUUUCACUAUAGUAACCUCGGUCUAUAUACGCAACAGCCCUUUCAUUUGAUGGACUGACUUCCUGUAUUCCCUAAAUAAUUCUCUUUUUUUCAUGAUCAAGUGAUUCCAUACAUUUCUUCAGAUUUAUAACUUGAAAAAGACAAUCAAAACAUUCGAUAUUUUUGUUGCAUAUUCAAGUCUUUCAAAUUUCAUCUUCACUGCAUGUCUUAUUAUUAGCUUUUCAGCGAAGAACGUAAUUUUGCGCGGGAAAACUAGACACAGUCGUUAUUUCUCGUCAUUUCUCGUCAUUUCUCGGACGUUCAUUUAUUUGUAUCAUAUUUUAAAGACUUUUGUAAUAUAUUUUGUCUCUUUCAUAUAUUCAAGAUUAUGUAUUUAAGAUUUAUAAGUAUUAUAAAUAUGAUUGUUAAACAACAAUGUAAAUAAAGAAAGAAGUUU